CUGGCCGGCCUACCGUUGGCUCUGGUCAUCAUUGGCCUUGGUCUCGCUAUCUUCCUCAUGUCGUUGGACUCGUCGAUCAUUGCAACGGCCAUCCCCCGCAUCACAUCCCAGUUCAACAGCACUGGGGAUAUAGGCUGGUAUGGAAGUGCUUACUCCUUCGCCAUGUGCGCUCUGCAGCCCAUUGCCGGCAAGCUGUUUGCAAGCUUUCUCAUGAAGUGGAUGUUCCUUGGGUGUUUGGCCGUUUUUGAGCUCGGCUCACUGCUGUGUGCCCUUGCUGUCAACAGUCCAAUGCUCAUUGUCGGGCGCGCGAUCGCCGGAGCUGGGGCAGCCGGAUGCUUCACAGGAGCCUUUUGCAUCGUCGCGGCGGCUCUUCCGCUUGCCAAGCGUCCUUUCUACGUGGGAAUCCUCCAGUCGACGUUCGGCAUCGCGACCAUCAUCGGACCCAUCCUAGGCGGUGCCUUCACGCAGCACGCGACAUGGCGGUGGUGUUUCUGGAUCAAUCUACCCAUCGGUGCCAUCACCAUCGGGACCCUCGUCUUCUUCUUCAACCCGCCUCCGCGCGACUCUACAACCUCUCCAGUCCUGCAUCGGCUGAAAAGCUUGGAUCUGAUCGGUGCCUUGCUCUUCGCCCCAGCCGUGAUCAUGAUACUCCUGGCCCUCCAGUGGGGCGGAACCACCUACGCGUGGAAAAGCGCCACCAUCAUCGGACUCUUCAUCGGCGGCGCAGGGCUCGGCCUGGUCUUCGCCGGCUGGCAGGCCUACAAGGGCGACGGGGCCAUGAUUCCCCCUCGCUUGAUGACGGAACGCACUAUGCUCUUCUCCUGCCUCGGGGAAUUCUGCGCCAUGGGCGCCGUCUACAUCUCGAUCUACUAUCUCCCCGAGUGGUUCCAAGUCAUCAAGGGCGCCUCCCCGACCAAGUCGGGACUGAUGUAUCUGCCCCUGGCGCUGUCGGACGUCCUCUCCGCCACGCUCACGGGCGCCUCUCUCAAGUACCUGGGGUACCCGAACCCGUACCUGCUGCUCGGCACGGCGCUGAUGAGCAUCGCCACGGGCCUCUUCUCGACCUUCACCCUGUCCACCCCGCACAAGCAUUGGAUUCCCUUCCAGGUCCUCCAGGGCCUCGGCGCGGGUAUGACCCUGUCCAUGCCCUACGUCGCUACACAGACCGUCCUCGACCCCGCCGACAUCCCCGUCGGCACCUCCCUGCUCCAGUGCGCCCAGUUCUUCGGUGCCGCCGUCAACCUCGCUAUCGCCGAGGCCCUCUUCGACAACAAGCUGGUCACGGGCCUGAGGGAUCUCGGCUUGCCGGCUGCGGAAAUCGAGCGCAUCGUCGCCGCGGGCUCUGCGGAAGUGCGCAGCGUGGUGCCCGACAGUGAUUUGCCCGGCGUGCUGCAUGCCUACAACCACGCGCUCACCACGACCUUCUACGUCGCUGCGAGCUUUGCCGCUAUGGCCUUUUUGCUCUCGUUGGGCGUCCGGUGGAGGAGUAUCAAGCCGCCGAAAUUGAAGGCUGCUGCUGUUGCGGAUAUGGAGGCUAGAUGAUUGGGUUCGGUUGGUGUGGUUCUGUGGCAUAGACUUUUAGUUUUAGACUUGUGUGAUUUGUUUU